CGAGCAAGCAAAUAUUAACGCAGAUGGGCAUCACAGAACUCACAAGUAGAUAAUUCUAGCGGAUGCCAUCUGGUUCUGCUAUCGGCUAAAGGAGAAAAAAGAUGGCAGUGGCACCAGGCGACGGGUCUCUGGUUGAUUGGGGCUCUUGGAAAUGCACUCUAGCGCAGACGAACGGGUACUGUAGUGACAUAAUAAUGCUGAAAUAUCGUAUCUGAUGUUAAUACACAUCAUCUGCUAUAAUACUGGAUAUUUGUUUUGACUAUGGGGUGUCCUUUUAGCUAGAUAGGGAAAUCCCAAAAAUGUCCACUGUGUUGGGAGUCUUGAGUCUUCAAGUGUCCAGACCAGUUGAGCUAUAGGCCUAUUUGUAAAACAGGUCUAUAGCUCAAGGCAAGGGCUUUGUCUCAAUUUCUCAGGGAAACUAGGCUGAGCAGAAGUGUACGACGUUAGUAGGCCGUAGCCGGCCUCACACUCCGAUACAUUAGGUGGCAGUAUAUGCACAUUUUGUAUGGUUGCGAUCCGACGACGAAUUACAAGAAGAAGAACCGUGCGUUUGGACUCCAGUUUCAAUCAUCCAGUCACUGCUACGUUGAACCGCGACCAGUAAGUUUAAUAACAUGACUGGAUGAUAAAACCCAGAAGCGAACAUUGUCUGUUUUCGAAAUGGACAGUUUAACAACUGGAAACCUGUGCUCAGAGUCCAAGGAUUACCAGAAUGAACAUAAAGACACUGAUCAGAACAGCAUUGCAGAGGAAAAAUCGGUUGAACCGCUGCUUAGAGAAAACCCAAGGCGCUUUGUGAUCUUCCCAAUCCAGUACCCUGACAUCUGGAAGAUGUAUAAGCAGGCACAGGCUUCAUUCUGGACAGUGGAAGAGGUGGAUUUAUCUAAGGACUUGGCCCACUGGGACAGACUGAAGCCUGACGAGAAGCACUUUAUCUCUCAUGUCUUGGCAUUCUUCGCAGCCAGUGACGGCAUUGUCAACGAGAAUCUUGUGGAGAGAUUUAGUCAGGAGGUGCAGCUCCCAGAGGCCCGCUUUUUCUAUGGGUUCCAGAUACUCAUUGAGAACAUCCACUCUGAGAUGUACAGCCUGCUCAUCAACACCUACAUCAGAGACUCCAAAGAAAGGGAGUAUUUGUUCAAUGCCAUUCAGACUAUGGCAUGUGUGAGAAGGAAAGCAGCCUGGGCACUGCAGUGGAUCUCAGACAAAAAGUCCACUUUUGGAGAGCGGUUAGUUGCCUUUGCAGCAGUGGAGGGAAUCUUCUUCUCAGGGUCAUUUGCUGCCAUCUAUUGGUUAAAAAAGAGAGGCCUGAUGCCGGGACUCACCUACUCCAAUGAGCUCAUCAGCAGAGAUGAGGGUCUGCACUGUAAUUUUGCCUGUCUGCUGUUCAGCCACAUAGUGAAGAAACCUUCAGAGGACCGGGUCAAGGACAUUAUCACCAAAGCUGUCAGUAUUGAGCAGGAGUUUUUGAUGGAGGCAUUGCCUGUGGACCUCAUAGGGAUGAAUAGUGCGCUGAUGAAGCAGUACAUUGAGUUUGUGGCCGACCGUCUGCUGGUCGACCUGGGAUUAGACAAGGUCUAUCUGUCAGAAAACCCCUUCGACUUCAUGGAGUCCAUCUCCCUGGAAGGGAAAACCAACUUCUUUGAGAAGCGCGUGGCGGAAUAUCAGCGGUUUGGAGUCAUGUCCAAUAUGGACUGUGAAUUCACUCUGGAUGCUGACUUUUAGAUCAAACACAUUUUUACACUUAUAUUUAUUCUAUUUAUGAGUUUUAUUUUAUCCUUAUAGCUUUUGGUUAUUUAGGGAGUUUUUCCCUAGCCACUGCUUUCCAACAUGGAAUUGCUAUAAAUAUAUUUGAUUGACCUGAAUUGCCAUGACAGAAAUAAAAUAAUUCCACAAUGCGGGGGGUUUUAAUGAGGAAAUAUUUCUCUGUAAAUAAACACUUGACAAAGGCCUUUGUUUAUCUUUUAUAUUAAAUGAGUACUGAUAAAAUGUC